CUCCAUUCUCUUUUAUUUAGAUAAAAACAAUGAAUCCACAGCUACCCCAAACCGAUAUUGUUCGAGAGAAAUCGUGGUGCAAGAGUUACACACAAAUUUGUGAUAUGCUAACUAAUCGUUUAUGUGAAUUGGCUGGGUUUCUGGAUUUGUUGCUAAAGCAUAAAGUCAUUUUUAAUACUUUAGCUCAUGAAGAACAAAGGAAUAUUAGGAAGGCUAUCGAAGACAGUUUGAAUUUAUCACGAAAUUUAACAACUCUUACGGAAGAGCAUUUUCUGACAACAUCAAAUGAUGCCCUAGAUGACGACCACAAUAUUAGUGAAUUUCUACGAACAUUUCAAAAUGAGAGUCAAAAAAAGGAUAGACUGAUUGAAGUUGAUAAAAAAGGCACACAUAAAAUAGAAGAAGAAAAACCUGUAUACUAUUAUAACCAAUCUGACGGUUGUAAUCUUAGCGAAGAUGAAUCGAAACGAAGAAUCGCAUUGCAAAUGAUUCAAAAUGAAUUCACCAGUGUAAACGUUCUACGUGGGGCUGUAUUUCAGAAAUUCUCGAAUAAUUUAAAAACAUUACGUGACACGAUAAUUAUUCACGAUUCUACUUCACGUGAGGAUAUUUAUCUCCAGAAAAGAAAACUUGAACAAACCUUGAGUGAAACUAGAAAUGCACUGCAAACUUCACGCCAAAAUGAGACACAAUUUCAAAUUCGAAUCAGUGAAAGAGAAACGAUGUUACAAAAACUGAAGCGCAGUUUAGAUGAGGCGACUCUUCAAAUAUCGAAGGCAGUUCUGGAGCGAACAAAGUUUAUGAAAGAAAGGGAUUCUUUUGAAAAGUUUGGGCAAGAAUACAAGGAGAAAUAUGAUCAUUUAUUGUCGGAGAGUUCAGGACUACAUACGAAAUUGGCGCUAUUGGAACACGAGAAUGCGCAGUUGGUUUUGAAAAAAACAAACAAAUUAAAUUUACUUCAGAAAAGAGUUUCAGUGGAUGACGACAGCCUACAAAAGGGGGGAAAAG